CUCCAAGAUAUUUAAGAAAACGCAAAUGCAUGGUCAUUGAAUUAUAUAGCGAGAAAACGUCAAAAACUAAACUGAUUAAAACAGAUAUUCUUUUAGUAAAACAGAAAAAAUAAAAAUAUCUUCAUAUAUAUAACCUGUGGUCCGAGACCCAAACCUUAAAUCAGUAUAAAAUAUCAUAGCGGAGUCUAAAGAAGAGUUCAUCCAAUUAUUUAACUCUUUAGUGUAAUCAUUAGCAACGCAAAGAAAUGCCUAAACGACAGGCUCAACGGCGUUUCACUCGCAAGACUGACUCGAAAACACCAUCCCAGCCUCUGGUAUCCCGUCGCUCUGCAAACUAUCAACCGUCUCUUUGGCAGCACGAAUAUCUCCUCUCGCUCGGUAAUACAUAUGUGAAAGAGGACAACGUCGAGAGAGUUACGUUAUUGAAGCAGGAAGUGAGUAAAAUGCUCAAUGAAACGGAAGGUUUACUCGAACAGCUAGAGCUCAUCGACACUUUACAAAGGCUUGGAGUUUCUUACCAUUUUGAACAAGAAAUCAAGAAGACACUAACGAAUGUGCAUGUUAAAAAUGUGCGAGCACACAAAAACCGGAUAGAUCGAAACCGAUGGGGAGAUUUAUACGCGACCGCCCUUGAGUUCCGACUCCUAAGGCAACAUGGUUUCAGUAUCGCACAAGAUGUUUUUGACGGAAAUAUUGGAGUUGAUUUGGAUGAUAAAGACAUCAAGGGUAUUCUUUCACUAUACGAAGCUUCAUAUCUCUCGACCAGAAUCGAUACUAAAUUGAAAGAGAGCAUAUACUAUACAACAAAACGACUUAGAAAAUUUGUGGAGGUAAAUAAGAAUGAGACCAAAUCUUACACUCUUCGAAGGAUGGUUAUACAUGCGUUAGAGAUGCCGUACCACCGGAGAGUGGGAAGACUAGAAGCAAGAUGGUACAUAGAAGUGUACGGAGAGAGACACGACAUGAACCCUAUCUUGCUUGAACUCGCGAAACUUGAUUUUAAUUUCGUACAAGCUAUCCAUCAAGACGAGCUCAAAUCCCUCUCUAGUUGGUGGAGCAAGACGGGAUUAACAAAACACCUCGAUUUCGUUAGAGAUCGAAUAACGGAGGGUUAUUUCUCGAGUGUUGGAGUAAUGUAUGAGCCCGAGUUUGCAUAUCACCGACAAAUGCUUACAAAGGUUUUCAUGCUCAUUACAACUAUCGACGAUAUAUACGAUAUUUAUGGGACACUUGAGGAGCUCCAACUAUUCACGACCAUAGUUGAAAAGUUACUAUUAAUACCUUGCAAAAUAAUAUCAAACUAUUUCACUCUAUAUCUAUUUGCUUAUUUCUUCAGUGAAUCGAUAUAUCAUGCAGAUGGGAUGUGAAUCGUCUUGAAGAACUUCCCAACUACAUGAAGUUAUGUUUUCUCUGCCUCGUCAACGAAAUCAAUCAGAUUGGAUAUUUUGUACUCAGAGAUAAAGGGUUUAAUGUGAUUCCUUACCUCAAAGAAUCUUGGGCAGAUAUGUGUACAACGUUUUUGAAAGAGGCAAAGUGGUAUAAAAGUGGUUACAAACCUAACUUCGAAGAAUACAUGCAAAAUGGUUGGAUCUCAAGCUCAGUCCCUACAAUACUUCUACACUUGUUCUGUCUCUUAUCCGACCAAACCUUAGACAUUCUUGGCUCCUACAAUCACUCUGUAGUUCGAAGCUCCGCCACCAUCCUCCGUCUCGCUAACGAUCUCGCCACUUCUUCGGUCAGUCAUGGUUUCACAACGUACAAUACUGUAAAUAAUUUAUUGACAGAUCAAAGGCGAUUAUAUCUAAGCAAACUUUUUCAGACUAAAUAAACAAAGUCAACCAACAUAUGGGGACUCACACAUGUGUUUCAAAGUUAUGCUCAAAGCGGUCCUAUAAAUAUAGUUAUUUUAACAGGAGGAAUUAGCGAGAGGCGACACUAUGAAAUCCGUACAAUGUCACAUGCAUGAAACUGGAGCUUCGGAGGCAGAGUCACGCGCGUACAUUCAAGGAAUUAUCGGUGUGGCUUGGGAUGACUUAAACAUGGAGAAAAAGAGUUGUAGGCUACAUCAAGGUUUCCUAGAAGCUGCGGCUAAUCUUGGACGUGUGGCUCAGUGCGUUUAUCAGUACGGUGAUGGCCAUGGCUGUCCUGACAAGGCUAAGACCGUCAAUCAUGUCCGGUCCUUGCUCGUCCACCCUCUUCCACUCAAUUAAUUAAUUAGUUUCUAAUAAUAAGUCUUAAAUCACACAAGUAUUGGAUUAGACGCUCAAAGAGUUGAGAGAUGCAUAUGUAUUCUCUACUCAAAUUAUAUAAUGCAUGUAAACAUUUGUUAGUUUUUAUCAACAUCAAGAGCUUGUAAAAUCAAGUUAGAUGAAUAUUUUGUAUAUGAGCAAAUAAUAUUCACUUGAUCAGUAUAUACUAGUGCUUAUAUAAGAAAAGAAAAUUCCUAUAUACAGUUUUAACAUUUCGAGCAAAG